CGUCACAAUGCAGACGUCAAAAACCGAUAGCGACAACGUGUAACAAUCAAACUAGAGAAAAUUUAUUCUGUCAGUUCUUAUAAUCAUAAUAUCGGCAUUUUUUAACUACAAAGAAGGAAUCGCAGUCGGUUGCGGGCAAGUCCGACCCCGGGUCGACGCCCCAUGCCGCUGAGGAUCACAAAACUCCCGGAAACUACCGAUACAUACGAAUUUGACACAGCUUCGGUUUAUUUUUGUGUAAUAGCUUUUAAUAGUAACGCUUUUUGCAAUACUUUGCUUUUUUCCGUGAUAUUAUAACCAGAACUGAACUUUUAGCGUGUAAUUUUAUGUCAUAUUCAGACUGUGCAAAUCUGCAAUACAAGUGUGUGUACUUUUUAUAUCGUUGAUAGAUAGGCUAGGUGCAGUUGUGUAAUAUCAAGCUCUUUCUCAUCUUUGGAAUGCUCAACCUAGUUCCGAAGAAUUAAAUCACAGUGCGUGAUUUUGAAAUUGUAGCGUUUAUCAGGAAGAUACCGAUGUCAAGUAGUCCGUCAUACACCCAUUGAGAAUUCUUCUCGCGUUGGUGGUGUAUCUAUAUCUCCAACUGACUAUCGCCUUGCAUCAGACGACAACGAUAUGGUGGAUAACGGCGAGAGUAACAUAGAUGACGUCACUGCCGGUGGUUAUGAGACGACAAUUCCGUUUCACACCGAGGACGAAUUCACCGACGUUAUUUUGAUGGUUGAAGGGCGACAACUGUGCACUAACCGCUCACUGCUCGCGUUUGCCUCCCCUGUAUUCAGCUGCAUGUUCACGGCCGAGUUUCGCGAGAAAUCGGAAAAGGCUAUCACGUUACCAGACAAAAGCUACAUAGCCGUUCGUGACAUGCUGUCAUAUCUACAUCCGGGGGUGGAGUUUACACUGUCACGUGACAACGUGUUUUCUCUAAUCCCAUUGGCUGAAGAAUACCAGCUUCUUAUUCUGAAGACCGCGUGCGAGGACUUCCUCGUGAAACAUAUUGGCAACCAAUGUUGCCCCGUACCCAAGUUCCUCGUGAAAUGCCUGGAGGUGGCGGAAAUGAACUCAUUGUAUGCUCUACAUGCAAAGUCGUCUGAGCUCCUCGCAGACCCGGAUGUAGCACUGAAGGACCUGAAAGAAAGCGCUGUGGUCACCCUGGCAACGAAGGCGGCCAUCUUUGAGAGGCGGAUCUCGAAUAUGGAUCGUGAGAAGGCCGAGAUUGAGGCGUGGAAAAACAAGAUCAACAACGUCCGGAGGCGGCUUAGUGACAUCGUGUCCUCCCACAAUGACCACUGCAGAUGUCGCGUGGAGGUGAAAUUACGCCACCCCGUCCAGCGCACGUGCCCGUACUGUUCACGCACAUGGUGCUCAGACAACGUGAGCACGGACGCGUACCGGAACAGCUACCAAUUCUACUGCAACCACAAAGUCGGGUACAACAUAGCGCACGAUGCUACAAUUAUUAAAUUCCUCGAGCAAGCGGAAUUUCCAGUGACGUCAUCAAUACCACAAAGCCCUAGCAAUGCCAUUAAUGGCGUCAUAGCGUUACGUAACCAUUCUGGACAGCAAAUACUCCCGGAUGAAAAUGUGUAUCGAACCUGGUGACGCAUUAAAUAACGAUGUAAGGUCGACAUAGUUAGCCUUUUUACUACUUAGUAAAGAAACAACGUUUUUUUACCUAUAUGACCCUGAAUCCGAGAUCAUCGGGAUGUUUACUAUCGUUGAUUGUUGAUGAAAUAAAUAACUAUAAAAGUC